CAGGGAAAGCUGCUGAGGUAAAGUUAGAGGUGGGGGCGGGGAACGGAGAGGGGGGGCGCAGAGUGUCUCUGUGAGAAAGAGAGAGACGAGGCUCCAUCAGCGAACCUAGUGCCGGGGAGGCUCAGCCGCCGCCAUUACGAAACCGAGAACACCGGGGAGGGAGGAGAUGGAGAUGGGCCGAGAGUUGUGAGAGGGUUGCGAUCCGAAGGGGAACGGCGGCCGCUGGCGCGGAGCGAGAGUUCCGGGAAUGCUGCCGCUCUUGCUGUGGAAAAGCUGGAGACCGAGGUAGGAAGAAAUAAGCCGCUCCUCCUCGUAAGCCCUCCUCCCGAUCCACACCGGCCUCCCCCCUCGCUAACUACACCCAAGCCCAUAGCUGCAGCGGCGUUGGGGUUUGGAGCCGGGUGGUGCUGCUGCAGCGGUCUGGGCUCUACCGGCUCCUGCCAGUUCCGAGGAAGGCUGGGGCCGCCUUCAGCCGAGACUUCUGAGAUUGCUGGAUCUUUCAGUGAGUAGCAUUUUGAACAUCACUGAAAUGUGUGACAUUGCAGUACUUUCCAAGAUCUUUUUGGCAACAGUCUCCUUGCAUUUUUUUCUGUAAGGAAUCAUGGAUCAAUUGAUCUGGAGCACCCAAGUUUAUUGCAAGCAUGAGGAUUCAAGAACUGAAAAUAAUUUUGAACCUUGGAGAUAAAAUUUUAGUACGUGGAGUCAUUUUUAAGAAUGAACAUUGCACCCAAUUGUGUUGGUGAAUACAGAAGGAUGAGAAGAACACUAUGAUGGCAAAGAACAAAGAGCCUCGUCCCCCAGCCUAUGCUGUUAGUGUGGUUGGACUUUCUGGGACCGAAAAAGACAAAGGAAACUGUGGAGUUGGAAAGUCAUGUUUGUGCAAUAGAUUUGUGCGUUCAAAAGCAGAUGAAUAUUACCCUGAACAUACCUCUGUGCUUAGCACAAUUGACUUUGGUGGUCGUGUUGUUAAUAAUGAUCACUUUUUAUAUUGGGGUGAUGUAAUACAGUGUGGAGAGGAUGGAGUAGAUUGCAAAAUUCAUGUUAUUGAACAGACUGAGUUCAUUGAUGAUCAGACAUUUCUGCCUCAUCGUAGUACGAACUUACAACCUUAUAUAAAGCGUGCAGCUGCAACCAAAUUGCAGUCAGCAGAAAAACUUAUGUAUAUUUGCACAGAUCAGCUUGGAUUAGAACAAGACUUUGAGCAAAAGCAAAUGCCUGAAGGGAAGCUAAGUAUUGAUGGAUUUUUAUUAUGUAUUGAUGUAAGUCAAGGAUGUAAUAGGAAGUUUGAUGACCAACUUAAAUUUGUAAAUAACCUCUAUAUUCAGCUUUCAAAAUCUAAAAAACCUAUAAUAAUAGCAGCAACUAAAUGUGAUGAAUGUGUGGAACAUUAUUUACGAGAGGUUCAGGCAUUUGCUUCAAAUAAGAAGAACCUUCUUGUAGUAGAAACAUCUGCGAGAUUCAAUGUCAAUGUGGAGACAUGUUUCACUGCACUGGUACAAAUGAUGGAUAAAACCCGUGGCAAGCCUAAAAUAAUCCCUUAUUUAGAUGCCUAUAAAACACAAAGGCAAGUUGUUGUGACAUCAACAGAUAAGUUUGAGAAACUUGUGCAGACUGUGAGAGACUAUCAUGCCACAUGGAAAACUGUUAGUAACAAACUGAAAAAUCAUCCAGAUUAUGAGGAUUACAUUAAUUUAGAGGGAACAAACAAGGCCCAAAAUACAUUUUCAAAACACAUUGAACAGCUUAAGCAAGAGCAUAUAAGAAAAAGAAGAGAUGAAUAUAUUAAUACAUUACCAAGAGCUUUUAACACACUUCUGUCAAACCUUGAAGAGAUUGAACAUUUGAGUUGGCCUGAAGCUUUGAAAUUAAUGGAAAAAACACAAGAUUUCCACUUAUUCUUUGUGGUCCUGGAAAAAACGCCCUGGUAUGAAACUGACCACAUAGAUAAAGUGAAUGACAGGAGAAUUCCAUUUGACCUUUUGAGCACACUUGAAGCUGAAAAGGUAUAUCAAAAUCAUGUGCAGCAUUUAAUAUCAGAAAAAAGGAGAGUUGAAAUGAAGGAAAAGUUCAAAAAAACACUUGAAAAAAUUCAAUUUAUUUCUCCUGGGCAACCCUGGGAGGAAGUUAUGUGUUUCGUAAUGGAAGAUGAAGCUUUUAAAUAUAUUACAGAAGCUGACAGUAAAGAAGUAUAUAGUAGACAUCAACGGGAAAUAGUCGAAAAAGCCAAAGAGGAAUUUCAGGAAAUGCUUUUUGAACAUUCAGAACUCUUCUAUGACCUGGAUUUGAAUGCAACACCUAGUUCUGACAAAAUGAGUGAAAUUCAUGCAGUUCUUAGUGAAGAGCCUAGAUACAAAGCUUUACAGAAACUUGCACCUGAUAGGGAGUCACUUCUGCUUAAACAUAUAGGUUUUGUGUAUCAUCCCACUAAAGAAACGUGUCUCAGUGGCCAAAGCUGUAUGGACAUUAAAGUGGAACAGUUACUUGCUAGAAGCCUCUUGCAAUUGGACCAUGGUCGUUUAAAUUUCUAUCAUGAUAGUGCCAACAUCGAUAAAAUUAAUGUUUUCAUUUUGGGUAAAGAUGGUCUUGCACAAGAAUUGGCAAAUGAGAUUCGGACACAGUCUACUGAUGAUGAAUAUGCCUUAGAUGGAAAAAUAUAUGAACUUGAUCUCAGACCAGUUGAUGCUAAAUCCCCUUAUCUUCUAAGCCAGUUAUGGACUUCAGCCUUCAAACCACACGGAUAUUUCUGUGUGUUUAAUUCAAUUGAAUCACUUAAUUUUAUUGGUGAAUCCAUUGGAAAAAUCAGGACUGAAGCAUCUCAGAUAAGAAGAGACAAGUAUAUGGCCAACCUUCCAUUUACUUUAAUAUUGGCUAAUCAGCGAGAGAGUAUUAGCAAAAAUUUACCAAUUUUGAGACACCAGGGACAGCAGUUAGCAAACAAGUUGCAGUGUCCUUUUAUAGAUGUGCCCGCUGGUACUUAUCCACGUAAAUUUAAUGAGGCUCAGAUAAAGCAAGCAUUGAGGAGUGUCCUGGAUGCAGUUAAGCACAAUUUUGAUGUUGUAAGUCCUAUUCCUACAAUUAAAGACCUUUCAGAAGCUGACUUAAGAAUUGUUAUGUGUGCUAUGUGUGGAGAUCCAUUCAGUGUAGAUCUUAUUCUUUCUCCAUUCCUUGAUUCUCAUUCCUGUAGUGCUGCUCAGGCUGGUCAGAAUAAUUCCCUAAUGCUGGAUAAAAUUAUAGGUGAAAAACGGAGGCGAAUACAAAUUACAAUAUUAUCAUAUCAUUCUUCAAUUGGUGUAAGAAAAGAUGAACUUGUUCAUGGCUAUAUACUAGUUUAUUCUGCUAAACGGAAAGCAUCUAUGGGAAUGCUUCGAGCAUUUCUUUCAGAAGUACAAGAUACUAUUCCUGUCCAAUUAGUAGCUGUUACUGACAGUCAGGCAGACUUCUUUGAGAAUGAGGCUAUCAAAGAACUGAUGACUGAAGGUGAACAUAUAGCGACUGAGAUUACUGCUAAAUUUACAGCUCUAUAUUCAUUAUCUCAGUAUCACCGUCAGACUGAGGUUUUCACCUUGUUCUUUAGUGAAGUCUUAGAGAAGAAAAACAUGAUUGAAAAUUCUUAUAUUUCUGAUAGUACACGGGAGACAACACAUACAAGUGAAGAUGUUUUCUUGCAUUCUCCUAGAGCAAGUUCUCUUGCUUAUAACUAUUAUCCAGAUUCAGAAGAUGAUACUGAAGCCCCACCUCCUUAUAGUCCAAUUGGAGAUGAUGUACAGUUGCUCCCAACACCUGAUCGCUCAAAAUACCGUUUGGAUGUGGAAGGUAACGAAUAUCCCAUUCAUAGCACACCUAAUUGUCAUGAUCAUGAACGCAACCACAAAGUGCCUCCUCCCAUAAAGCCAAAACCAAUUGUACCCAAGGCAAAUGUGAAAAAACUGGAUCCAAAUCUAUUAAAAACCAUUGAGGCAGGUAUUGGUAAACAAUAUCCCAGAAAGCAAACUAGAAUGAUUCUGGCACCAUCUGAUGAUCUUGAUCAAUCUGAUAAUUAUGCAGAACCUAUAGACACUAUUUUUAAGCACAGAGGUAUUGCUGAUGAUAUCUACGUAAUUCCAGAUGAUAGUCAGAAUCGUAUGAUUAAAUUUCGAAAUUCUUCUAUUAUAAAUAAUGCCCAAGGAGAUGAAGAAAAUGGAUUUCCUGACAGAAUUUCAAAGACCCAUGGAGAAAGGCGACCUUCAAAAUAUAAAUAUAAAUCUAAAACAUUGUUCAGCAAAGCCAAAUCUUAUUAUAGAAGAGCACAUUCAGAUGCAAGUGAUGAUGAAGCUUUUACAAUGUCUAAAACAAAAAGAAAAGGAAGACAUCGUGGCAGUGAAGAAGACCCACUUUUAUCCCCUGUGGAAACAUGGAAAGGUGGCAUUGAUAACCCUGCAAUUACAUCUGAUCAAGAGCUGGAUGAUAAAAAGAUGAAGAAGAAAACUCAGAAAGUGAAAGAAGACAAGAAACAAAAAAAGAAAACAAAGUCAUUCAACCCACCAACUCGUAGAAACUGGGAAAGUAAUUACUUUGGGAUGCCCCUACAAGAUCUGGUUACACCUGAAAAACCCAUCCCUCUCUUUGUUGAGAAGUGUGUGCAGUUUAUUGAAGAUACAGGUCUGUGUACUGAAGGUCUCUAUCGUGUUAGUGGUAAUAAAACAGAUCAAGACAACAUUCAAAAGCAAUUUGACCAAGAUCAUAAUAUCAGUCUGGAAUCUAUGGAUAUAACAGUAAAUGCUGUGGCAGGAGCUCUUAAAGCUUUCUUUGCAGAUCUCCCAGAUCCUUUAAUUCCUUACUCACUGCAUCCAGAAUUAGUUGAAGCAUCAAAAAUUCUUGAUAAGACAGAAAGGCUCUAUGAAUUAAAAGAAAUUGUGAAGAAAUUCCAUCCAGUGAAUUAUGACGUAUUCAGAUAUGUAAUAACUCAUCUCAACAGAGUUAGUCAACAGAGCAGAACCAAUCUUAUGACUGCAGAUAACUUAUCUAUAUGUUUCUGGCCUACUUUGAUGAGACCUGACUUUGAAAACAGGGAGUUCCUGUCAACCACCAAAAUCCUUCAAUCAGUAAUAGAAACAGUCAUUCAACAAUGCCAGUUUUUCUUCUAUGGUGGAGAAAUUUCAGAAAUGUCUGACAAUGUAGCACAUCAGCUUCCAGGUUCGAACCCAGUACAGAUGGUAGAUCCAAUUUUACCACUACAAUUACCACCACCUCUACAACCUCAGCUAAUACAACCACAGUUGCAAGCAGAUCCUCUUGGAAUUAUUUAAAUAAAACAACUGACAAGAAGAUGAUUUGUCAAGAGCUUGGAAAUGGAUACAGAGGAAAACUAGAUGUGCAUGUUUCAAGAUACAAUGACAACUUUCAUAUUAUGAAAGAAUUUGAAUCCAAACUAAGACAUUUUUGUUGUAGUCACACUAUCCACCUUGUUCAUAACACUGCAGGUCAAAAUUAUGUGAUUAGCAUGACUGGAGAGGUUUAAUUUUUUAAAUCAGAAAUAACUAAAGUGCAAAGCUGCUGUUGCAUGAACAUUUAUCGCAAUCACUCUCAUUUCUGUGACAGUUUGUCACUAUAUAUUGUGAAUAAAACUUUUCUAUAGAAAUGUAAUGAUUAAAUAAAUCAUUUAUGGAACAUUCAAUACUUGCGGCCUGCUUUAGGGCUGUUUUUUAUUUAAUUGUCUCUCUCCCCGUGUCAUUUUCAUACCAGUUUAGUCCUAUGCUACGCCUAAAAUACAACCAUGUCUUAUUUGGAAAUUAUGAACUACUUAUACUACAUCGCAAAAUAUUUUGGAAAAAACAUAAACUACACUGUUAUAAAUGCCACAUUCCCAUGCUACUUUUUCUCUUAAACCUGUGGAUAUUUUUGGGCUUUAGGAUUUUUUUUUUCUUAUAGCACAAUACCAAGGACAUGCUUAUUGUAAAAGUGAGUUAAGCACUGUGCAAAUAUGUUAUGAUUACCUACUCUUCCCUUAAUUUGCAUUAAUCGAUGAAACUUUUUAUAAUACUGUUAAUUCUGUAAACAGCUGCAUGUUUGAGAGAUCACUGAAGAUCUUGUAAGCCUAAUAUAUUUUCUAUAUUUUAAUUUUUCCCACUAGGAAAUUCAUUUAGUAUAUAGAAAAUAAUUUGACAAUUUCAUAUAAGGCUAUAUAACUUUUCAUACAUAAAUGAGAACUUUGCUUAGUGUAAACUUGCUAAACCAAACAAUCUAGAUCAUAAAUUUAACAUAUCCACUAUAUCUAUUUUUCUGUGACCCUCUAAAGGUAUAAAAAGCAUUGCUAAUAUAUAGCAAUAAAUACUUUGGGUACUGAAGCAUCUUAAUUUGUAUAUAAAAAGAUACCUGUGUUCAUGUUUUUUUUUUCCUGUGAUCUGUUUGUAUUGUAUCUUCAAAAUAACUUGCACCAUUUAAAAAUUAUUUUUCUUUUUUAUAUUGGUACAAAUUUCUCUGUUAAAGAAUGCUGCUUAAUUUUAAACAUUCUCGAUUAAUAGUUGAUGAUUAAUAAAUGUGAUGAAAGGCUAGUUAUGGAAAAAUAUUGAAUGGUCUAAAAUAUUUGAAUUGGUUCAAACUUCUGUCCACAAAUGGAAGGGUUCCUUCCAUCCAUAAAAGCGUUUUGAUUCAGUGGAGAGAUCCCAACUUGUACAGAUUUCCAAUGCCCCUAUAAACCAUCUCCUACCUCUGGAGCAUAUCUUUAGAGAAGGAAUGGGUAAAAGUUGUUCCAUAAGCAGAAAUGAAAUUUGCAUCCAAGUCUGAGUUUUCCUUACCAUUUUUUUCUUUCAUCUUCAAAAUAUGUUUUCCUAAAAAUAAGCUUUAUUAAAAAAAAAAUCAUUGCAAUAUCUGAAAUAGUUGGGAGAACUUUACUAUCUCUACUGUCAUCUUUGUUCAAUGUUUACUAUCAGUUGUAGUAAAUAGAACAUUUUUGAAUACUAAGGUAAUUUAAGAAUUUGAUUUUAAAAACAUUUUAAAGGUUCUUAUGGGCUUUGCUCUUCUGAAAUAAAAAUGGCCUUUUUGUUAUGUCCUAGGUAUUGUACUUAGAGUUAUGACUUACAUUAUCAUUACAAUUAAGAUACCAUAAUCCAGGCUGCUGUUAAAGUAUUUGUAUAUUAUAAAUUAUCUUCAUAUUUGUGUUAUAUUCUUGCAAGUAAUUAUCUUUUCUACAAAAAAAAAUAUUCCAAUUCAAAGCACAUAGGAUAUAAAUACAAUAAUAAAACUUGUCCUGUAAAUGUAGUAGCAUUAAUUUGUUUUACAUCAUCUGCUGUUUAAAUAGCUUUUAUUUAUAGCCAUUAGUUUAACAUAGGCAUUUUAAGAAAAAAUAAAUAAAUUGCAAGCAUUUUGUAAAUGGUUUCUAGGUUGCUAAAGAAUUUAUUUUUCUACUAUAGAUAGUAAUGCAAAAGCAUCAAACUGUACAGGAAAUACCACUUAUUCCUCUUGCAGACAGGCUUAAAUUUUUCAGCCUUAUUCCUUUAAAGAGUAUUUCUAGCACAAUGAGAGUUGAAAUUUGAAUUCUGUUUAGAAUUGUCUUUUUGUAUUCUAGUAUGCCUUUCGUUAAUAAUAUACAAUUUUAUUGCCCAUAUCAGUAGAUUUGCAGAAUUUGUUUUACUGUAGGCAAUUUGCUUCAAUGCUGCUCUUAGCUGUCCUUAAGGGCAUAUGCCAUGGUCGUCUUGGGCACCCUUGUGGAGCAGGGCAUAAGUAUGUCUGUGUCUGCAUACCCCAUAACCCAAAGACAGCAUUUGAAUUCACUCUGUGAUUUAAAUCUUGAAUCGUCUCCCUAGAUUACAAGUUCCAUUAUAGCUUUAAAAAAAAUCAUGUGUCGCUUGUCUUUUUUCUGUGAUAUUAACGCUGAAAUUAAAAUCUUUGGGAUCCACUCACAGCAACAUUUUUGACCUGCUGCUUUUGCUUUAACCACUUCUCCGGGUGUUUAUAUGCAUACAUCCAUUUCCAUUUAAGCAGAAUUGAUGUGGCUGAAUAUUCAAAACAGGAAAAUAAGGCAAUUAGGUAUUUAUAAGCUAGCUUUCUUGUAAUAAUUUCUGAGACUCUUAUAGUGUAACAAAGAGACCUAUACAGGAUUGCUACACUUCUAGUAAUUUAUCUCAUUUUAGCUAAUGGAUUACUUCAUUCUACCUUGUAUCUCUUCUGAAGUUUCAACCCAUGAACUACUAGUAUUGUGAAUUCAGUCAUUUUUAACAAUAAUGUGAACAGUGCUCAACAGCUGUCAAUUUGACUUAUGCAUCCUUCACACUGACCUUCAUUACAUUUGUAUGUUACUGAAAUAUAUGUAACUGGGCUGUAAUCCUAGACACACUUACCCUCAUGUAAAUCCAUUGAGAUCAGUAAGAUGGGUUGUAAACUUAGGUUGCAGUCCUAAACUUAGUUACUAGGGAAUACAUCUAACUGUGGUUAAUAUGCUGUUCUAAGCUUAAUGCAUAGAAGAACAUUUUAUGGAUAUAUUUAGUUACAUGCAAAACACAUUGAAACAACAGUCAUAUUCACAUUCACAGCAGUAAAUUCCAUUGGUCUCAGUAGCACUUAUUUCCAAGAAGACAUGUGAGUGGCAUUUUAUAUUAAAUGAUUUACAAAUUAUUUUUACAUUACACUCAAACUUUAAAAUUUUUGAAAUAAUGUAAAUAUAAGAAUACAACUUUAAUGAAAAGCAACAUUUUUUGCAAUGUAUGUUUUCUGCACUACUUGACUACUGGUUGCUAGAAACUACCAUUGACUUGUUUUAUUUUUGAGGUACCAGAGUUUAGUUUUAAUUUCUCUAAAAUUGUAAAGUAAUGAACUAAUUGGACAAGUUAAAUAAAUCAGGCCUCCAUUUUCAUUGUGAUUUCAUUUUUUUUUUUUUACAGUAAACAGUAUAUUGACUGAAGCUAUAAAUACACACACAAACACUUAGUUCCUUUUCAUGUAAUCUUAUCAUAAUUUACAAAAUGCUGCAGUGAAUUAAAUAUUGGUGAAGUUUAUCUGUAUGCAGAUUGCAAUGAAUAAAACAUUAAGAUGCCUGCUGUGUAUAAUAUUCA